AGGCAAGGUCUGGUCAAGGCCUUGAAAAAACAAAGUAACCAAAACCUCACUUUUUUAAUUUAUCAAAUUCUUUCUCUCAUUCCAAAAAAAGGUUUAAAGAAAGUUCCAAAAGCCUCAGCAAAACCCACUACCCCAUCAUUUCCUUCCAGCUCAUUGUUUUGAACCCCAGGACCGCCUCUCUCUCUCUCUCUCUCAAAAGAUAUGAACUCCCACUACAAGUUUCAAAUAUUCUGCUCUCUUUCUGCUUUGCUGCUGCUUGGGAAAAGUAUCUGUUAAUGGCUAAGCGUGUCUACCAAGUCUGGAAGGGCCGCAAUAUAUUCCUCUUUAGUGGAAGGCUUAUCUUUGGCCCAGAUGCUAAGUCUCUGGUUGUUACAAUAUUACUCAUCGUGGUCCCUGUUAUUAUCUUCUGUACAAAUGUCGCAAGGAACCUCAUCAAUGAAUUUCCAGCAUAUAAUACGGGCUGUGUAAUUUUGGCAGUAGCAAUUCUGUUCACAAUCUAUGUAUUGGUGCUUCUUCUUCUUACUUCAGCGCGUGACCCAGGAAUUGUUCCUCGCAAUGCGCAUCCUCCAGAGGAGGAUAUUUAUGACACUUCAGUUUCAGUUGAAGUUGGUGGGAGGCAAACACCAACUCCACGAUUGCCCCGAACAAAAGAUGUCCUGGUCAAUGGUAUGCAUGUCAAGGUGAAAUACUGUGAGACAUGCAUGUUAUACCGUCCACCCCGUUGCUCACAUUGCUCUGUAUGUGAUAAUUGUGUAGAGCGGUUCGAUCACCAUUGCCCUUGGGUGGGCCAAUGCAUUGGGCUGCGCAACUACCGAUACUUCUUUCUGUUUGUUUCUUCGUCAGCUCUUCUAUGCAUCUUUGUCUUUGCAAUGUCAGCUGUGAACAUAAAACUUCUUAUGGAUGAUCACGGAACUAUCUGGAAGGCAAUGAAAGAGUCUCCUGCAUCUGUGAUUCUAAUGGGCUAUUGUUUCUUUUUCCUAUGGUUUGUUGGUGGUCUCACCUGCUUCCACCUAUAUCUUAUAGGGAGAAACCAGACCACAUAUGAAAACUUCCGCUAUGGAGCACGCAAUGGGCCCAAUGUCUAUAACCAGGGGUGCCUGAAUAAUUUUCUUGAGGUAUUCUGCACCAAAAUGAAGCCUUCAAGAAACAAUUUCCCUGCAUAUGUACGAGAACAGGCAAUGAUGCCAUCGAUGUGUCUGCCUCGAGAAGUUAACGUGGAUGAUUUAGAUGGGUACCGCCGAACAAAAGUAGAGGAUAAUCUAGAGAUUGAUAAUGAUCUUUCAAAGAUAUCUGAGCGCCGUAAUGUUGAAGAGGCUGACAACAUCUGAAGCUGAGGGGCAACAAUAAGCUUAAAUUCUCUGUAUUUGGAAAACUCAAGCAGAGCCAUCAAGGGAAAGAGACCAUGAUUCAUUCUAGUAGAGGAAAUCAGAGAUUGGAAAUUUCUAAGGGAGCUAAUAUGAAUCCCAAGGAUCAGCAACAUUAAUAUCUUGAGUUCUUUGCUAAUUAGCAUAACAAGUCUUAUACAAGUUGUGAAAGAAAAACUCCAACACUGUUGUUUAUAUUAGUUGAUUUUUUUUUCUUAUUAGUUUCAAUUCACAGGAUGCUGGUGUUGAUUUAUUUGACAAUGCAUGUGUAUCCUGGGGAGUAUUUGAAAUUCCCUUUUAGAUAUAGGUGAGAGAUUUAGCCCUCUGAGGGGGCUUUUGAUGUUUCCCUUGUCUUGUGUUAUUGAACCUGAUUCUUUUCAAGAGUGCUUUGCAUUUUUUUUUCUUUUUA